AUGGCUUCAGGUUCAGGUUGGGGACGGCUUCCAGAAGCGCUUUUACAUUCAAUAUUGGAUUACAUGGUCCCCAUUGACGGCCGGAUCAAGUUCAGCGCCGUGUGCAGCCAAUGGAGACGAGUUGCGUGGGAGCAUUGCCGUGAGCUGCGCUCUAAGCAUACACAACAACUUCCAUUACUCAUGGUUCCCACCCCAGACAACAGCAAGGUAAGACGUAGUCUGUACAGCGUCACCCGCAAAACCCUAUGUCGAUCCCAGUUAUCGGUACCUCAUAAUAAGAGGUGUUGCGGGUCUUCCCAUGGCUGGUUGAUUACCGUCGAUGAUAGUUCUGUGGUCACCUUGUUCAACCCUUUUUCUGGAAAAAUCAUUUCUUUUCCUCCCCUUCGAAGAUUAGAAUCUGAAAAACGGCUCGUACGCGAAUAUGCUGGAGUGGUGGAUUCAUCAUGUCGUAAACAAGUGAUGGAAGAAUUCAGCUCAUCGGAAAGAGAAGAAGAAGAAGAUGAGGCGGAGGAAGAAAUCAACCAUGAUUACCAGGAAGAUGAGGGAGAAAUCAAUGAUAUUGCAGAAGAAGAAGAAACUGAGGGUGUUCCAGAUUAUAUGAACGGAGCAGAUAAAGUUUCCGAGAGCGAUUAUUCCAUCUGGAAGGCCGUGCUAUCUGUGGAUCCCGAUCUAAACCCAAGUGACUACGUCCUUAUGGUCAUAUGCGGCAUUCAGAAGAGGCUAGCAUUCAUUCAAUCAGUUGAUAAAGACUGGACUUACAUUAGCAAAAAAUCAUGUUCCACUCGGAACAUACGUCGUCCCGCAGGCAAUAUCGCCGACAUUAAAUACUCCAAAGGGAUGUUUUAUGCCCUUAAUGAACGGGGUGGCCUUUUAUCUUGUGAUGUCAGCGGAAGUCUGAAAGUGAAGAUGAUCACUCCAAAUGAUAUGUCCUUCUCCUUCAAGAGGAAGCUCUAUCUUGGAGAAUCCUCAGGUGGGGAUCUAUUACGGGUGAUCAACGUACUCGACGAAAAGUUUAGGACCAUUGAAUUUGAGGUUCAUGGACUUGGAGAUGGAUGUGGUAGAGCAAAAUGGAAGCAGGUAGAGAGCUUGGGUGAUGCAGCCUUGUUCUUGGGAGACAACCAUUCAAUUACGAUUCUAGCAUCUGAUUUUCAUGGAUGUCAACCAAAUUCUAUAUACUUUUCCCACAAUCAUUCUGAAUUCAUGGCCGUUCUUGAUGGGGGUGUUUUGAAAUUGCUUUAUCUACAGUGGGCGCCUUAUGACAUUGGAGUAUUCAACUUAGAAGAUGGAAAAUUCGCACGACAUCACGUAUUGGAUCCUUCUCAGAGGUUAAUGCCUCCUCCGAUAUGGAUUUUACCAACUCUUAUGUAA